UUAGUGAGUUACACAAGGAUUGAAGGAAAGCCGAAAGGUUGCACUAGACUGUGAAAACUGAAUUUUGAAGAUAGUUAAAAGAAAAAAAAUGUCUUCUUUGAAGCAGCUUUCUCAGAAGUUUGGCCAUCUGUUGAGACAAAUUCCAAGAAGACAUUACACAGCUGCUGCCCAGGCUAGCGCAGGAGUUAACUUUGAAUUAUCAGACGAGCAAAAAGAGUACCAGGAAUUAGCCAGGAAGUUCAGCCGAGAAGAAAUUAUUCCAGUUGCCCCUCAUUAUGAUAAAACAGGGGAGUACCCAUGGGAUAUCAUUAAGAAGGCCCACAGUUUGGGUUUGAUCAACAUGCACAUUCCUAAAGAACAGGGGGGAUUGGAUCUUGGCAUCUUUGACACCUGUCUGGUCACAGAAGAACUUGCAUAUGGCUGUACAGGGAUUCAGACUGCUAUAGAGGCCAACUCCCUUGGGCAAAUGCCCGUUAUAAUUGCUGGGAACAAAGCUCAAAAGGACAAAUAUCUAGGUCGUAUGCUGGAAGAACCAUUAAUGUGCGCCUAUUGUGUCACAGAACCUGGAGCAGGCUCAGAUGUAGCGGGGAUCAAAACUAAAGCUGUAAAGAAAGGAAAUGAGUAUGUUAUUAAUGGUCAAAAGAUGUGGAUCACAAAUGGUGGCCAUGCUAAUUGGUAUUUUGUGUUAGCACGUACUGCCGAGGACCCCAAAACAUCAGCAGGCAAAGCUUUUACAGGGUUUAUUGUAGACAGGGACACUCCAGGACUUACUGUUGGAAGAAAGGAGUGGAAUAUGGGCCAAAGAGCAUCUGACACAAGGGGAAUAACUUUUGAAGAUGUAGUAGUUCCAGCAGAGAAUGUGCUGGGCUCCGAAGGCAUGGGAUUCAAGAUAGCAAUGGGAGCUUUUGACAAAACAAGACCUCCAGUGGCAGCAGGAGCUGUUGGGCUGGCACAAAGAGCUCUGGAUGAGGCCACAAAAUACUCUAUGGAAAGGAAAACCAUGGGAAAACUUAUCUGUGAGCACCAAGCUGUAGCAUUUAUACUGGCAGACAUGGCUAUAGGUGUGGAGACGGCCAGGCUCGCCACACAGAGGUCAGCUUGGGAGAUUGACCAAGGCAGGAGGAACACAUACUACGCCUCCAUUGCCAAGGCCUUAGCUGGCGACGUUGCCAACAAAUGUGCCACUGAUGCUGUACAGGUAUUUGGAGGAAAUGGCUUCAAUUCAGAAUAUCCAGUUGAGAAGUUAAUGAGAGAUGCUAAAAUUUAUCAGAUCUAUGAAGGCACAGCACAGAUACAGAGGGUGAUCAUUUCCAGGGAAUUAUUGGCCAAAGCCAACAGCUAAAGAAUUUUAUUACAUCUGACCAUCAUGCAGUGAAUUAUAAAAUCAUCAUUCAAUAACCUCUGACAUUAGCACAGUACAAUGCAAGUUGAUUCACUCAUUGGAGUUUCAGUGAUCUGUGAUUUGUGGGAAUUAAUAUUGUUGAUCCAUUUAAGUGCUCAGGUUUUAGAGAUGAAUUACAAAUAAAAGAUAUUAUUUAUAAUUUAGUUGAUAUAUAUACAUAAAUCUGUUGUAAAAUUAAAUCAGGAGAAGAA